GUUUCUAAUUUUGGGUCUAGGGCUGAAAGUGAUUAUAUUUCUCGGGCCUGGGAGGGGCAGAGGAAGAGGCAGACUCCACCCCUACCACCUGAACUCAGUGGUGUCCCCAUGAAAGCUGCGACAAAGGCUCUGGAGGGAGAGGGAGGCGACACAGUAGUCCUGUGGACAAAGGCUCUCAAGGGAGGACACGGUGGUCCCACCGUGUGAGCGGACUUCUCUCCUGUGGGCCUGAGCGUGGGUGCCCUGGGGACCAUGCAGAAGGCUGGGGCAGGGGGGCGGAGGGCCUCAGACUGUGGCCCUGCCCCUCUCCGUCCUCGGUGCAUCACCAAGUUUGCCCAGCAGUACAUGGGCUCCUUCCCCGUGGACGACAUGGACACACAAGAGAGCGUGUGGCAGGUGCAACAGCAGCUGUGGGCGCUGAAGGACUGUCCCCGACGCCGGGCGGUCAUCCUGAAGUUCAGCCUCCAGGGCCUCAAGAUCUACAGCGGGGAGGGCGAGGUGCUGCUGAUGGCACACGCCCUGAGGCGUAUCCUGUACUCCACCUGGUGCCCUGCCCAGUGCCAGUUUGCCUUCAUGGCCCGGAACCCUCAGAGCCCAGCCAGCAAGCUCUUCUGCCACCUGUUUGUGGGCAGCCAACCUGGCGAGGUCCAGAUCCUGCACCUGCUACUCUGCCGCUCCUUCCAGCUCGCUUACCUCUUGCAGCACCCUGGAGAGCGGGCACACCCGGGGCCCUGCCUGGGGCCUGCGGGGGAUGUGCCCCAGAAGCCUCCUUCCAGCCCCAGGGGGGCUCCUGGCCUAGCACAGGAACCCUCUGGGUGUGACCAGCUCUCCCAGAAUGUCCAUGCUAUGGUCUCCUUCCGGCGGCUGUCAGCAGAGGGGCCCAUGGGCAGCGGGGUACGCAGGGACCCGAAGGAACUGUCCGAGGUGGAAGGCCGAGGGGGUGCCCGCCACGCCCGACUGGGGAACCCCUACUGCUCUCCCACACUGGUACGGAAGAAAGCCAUUCGGAGCAAGGUGAUCCGCUCGGGGGCCUACCGCGGCUGUACCUACGAAACCCAGCUGCAGCUGUCUGCUCGGGAGGCCUUUCCUGCUGCAUGGGAUGCGUGGCCUCAGGGUCCUGGUGGGCCCUCAUGCCUGGUGGAGACUGAAGGCAGCCUGACAGAGAACAUCUGGGCCUUUGCUGGCAUCUCCAGGCCCAGUGCCCUCGCCCUGCUGCGGAGAGACGUGCUGGGGGCCUUCCUGCUGUGGCCCGAACCGGGGCCCGGGGGCCAGUGGUGCCUCUCUGUGCGGACCCAGUGCGGCGUGGUGCCGCACCAAGUGUUCAGGAACCCGGUGGGGCGCUUCUGCGUGGAGCACCUGCCAGCCGAGUUCCCCAGCCUGGAGGCCCUGGUGGAGCACCACGCGGGCACAGAACGCAGCCUCUUCUGUUCCCUCGACAUGGGCCGCCUGAACCCAGGCUAUGAGGAGCAGGACUCUGGGCCUGAGGGCAGGCCUCCCUGGACACUCCGGCCCCUCAGCCACGCCAAGUCUGAGGCAGAACUGCAGGGCCUGGGCUAGGAGGCUGGGUGCCGCGCCUGCAGACCCCAUCUCGCCCAGCUCCUGAGCCCCAGCAGACAUUGUGUUCUCCUACUGCACUGCUCGGCAUUUCCGUCCAGUCACCCUACCCGUUGGACCGUAUUCCCGUCGCCCCCUGCCUGCGUGUGCGCGGACUCCUCAGACGGGCAGCAGGCCUGCAGGCGAGGGCUGCAGAUAGUCACGGCUUCUGUGAACUCUGUGGCUUUGGCUGCUUGGUUUCUGGCUCUGCUCUGCUCUUAGGAGAAGGCUUUCCAAGCUUGCAGGAAGGUUGUUUGCAACAGAGACGGAGCCCUCUCCUUAGGAGGCCCAGCCUCGGGGCCGUGACUGGGCGUCUGCAGAGGUCUCCUGGUCAAGGAAACCAGACACACAUGUGGGGAAGAGGUGUUUGGGGGGCAGUUUCCCUCGGUGAGAGCAGAGAGCUCGUGAGCUUGGCUUCUGAGGCCAAGCUUCCAGGGCAGUUCCUUUCGUGUGGCGGUGACGAUAGCUGUCAAGGCCAGUCCCCGGUCUAGCUCCAUUGGGGUGUGAACCAGGCAGAACCACAGAGAGAGUGGGUGUGGGCCCUGCCUCAGGCACUCGGGCACCAGCAGCUAGGGGAGGGCUUGGGGCUGGUCUUCACUCCAGAGGGUGGCCCAGCAGUCACCACAGCCACAAGCUUCCCCGCGGGCUGCUGAGGUGCCUGGCUCCGGGCCAGCCUUCCUCCCUGAGGCAGAGCCUGGUCACGUCUGGAGGCUGCCCCAUCUCCACCUGGGAGUAGGAGUCAGAGGAGACACCUGACUCCUGGGAUGCGAGCAGAGGCCUCCUUGGGAGUUCAGGCCUGCUGUCCCCCACCUGACAGGUCCACCCCUCAGGAAGCAGUUGGUUAGGUGUCCUGACGGCGCUGGUUUCAUACUGAGUGUCGUGGGGACCCGGGACUCAGCCACUUGGCCAGAGCCUGUCUUCCUGGCAAAGCCCUGGCCGCGGGCAGGAUGCUAUAUGGGACCCUGGCCGGGAACACACUCCAGAGGCUGCAGCGACUGGGUUUGCAGAGACCUUAACGGGGUGUUGAGAUGCUCCCGCAAGCCGGCGACCCACGGCAGGUCUUUUCUGCAGCCAGUCGCCCCUGCUUAGCCCUGCUCGCCACUGCGUGACCUCGACCAGUAAAGCGCCUUCCUCACAA